AUGGGGGGAGUUCAAAUUGGUGGGAAAAUAGGUAGAAGCAUGGAUGGAGAAAAUAGUAUGGGGAAAUCCAGAAAUGCCCAUCUGGACCUGGAAGCAAUAGCAAGGUGUUGUGAGGAUGCUCUCAAGGCAAAUCCCUGCAACUCAGAGGCACUGUAUAGCCUAGGGAAAUAUCACAUAGAAAACAAAAACAUAGAUGAAGCAGAGGUCAUUGCAGCCAGGUUGUUUGAGUUGGAGUCUGAAUCCUACGAGGGAUGUGUGCUGAGCGGAUACAUAGGCCUUCAAAGAAUCAGGCUUGACAAGAGCUAUGAGAACUUUGUGAAGGCAUAUUACAAGGCUGAAUACAAAGACAAGUUCCUAAUGUAUGGAAUCUCACUUUUCUAUGAGGCCAUUGGAGAUUACAUGAGUGCAAGGCCUUGGUUUGUGUUGUUGAAUAAAUUGGGGGUAGAGGAGUACAAGAGCUAUGAGACAUUAUUUAGAACAGGCGUUUGCCUUAAAAAGAUGAGCAGGCUUCAAGACUCCAUCAACGUCUUCCGUGUCAUAGUGUAUGAUCCAUUGAGCAACGCCUACAAUCCUGAUGUCCAGAUCCAAAUAGCCCACCUUUACGAAAUGCAGUCUAAGCACGAGCUUGCAUUUGAGGUCCUGAGAGGGAUAGAGAAGUCAGAGAGGCAUAACCUCAUAGUUUCGAGGCUGUGUGCAUGGCUAGACUACAAGAUUGGAAACUUUCGAGGGGUGAAAAGACGGUAUAGAUCAGAUAGCAUUGCGAGCAAUGAUCCUUAUCUUCUAUAUCUGGUUGGAAGAAUCAGGUACAUAGAAAGGAACUACAUGGGUGCGUUGAGAAAGUACAUGAGGGCUGCACAGAUGGACUCUAUGGAGGGGAUGGUGCACAAUUCAAUAGGAUGCACAUAUUUCCGUCAGGGCAAGCUUUUGCUUGCAAAGACAGCCUUCAUGAAUGCUUUGGAGGUGAACCCAAAGCUUUCUGAGGCCUCCAUCAACCUCAAACUUAUUGAGAAAAUAGUACCUCCAAAUAAAAAAGAGACUACUGAGUCCAUGGAUAGUACUCUAUAUAACCCUAGGGAGCCACCCCCUGCCAUUGGGAAAACCAGAUACCUUGACUCAGGCGUGUUCUUCAAGGAUCCAGCAUAUAACACACACCCAAGAGUGUUUAGGAUCAUUCUUCCUAUGAAAGCGUCCAAAUUUGAGCUGCUUCCAGGAAGAUUUUAA